AUGAAGCCAAUUAACGCUGAUUCAUGCGUCUAUUGUGACGAGAGUAAAUCCACUUUGGCUCUCGCUUACGUAGACGACAUUAUUUUCGCAUCUCGCAAUGACACUAAUAUUAAACGCUUGAAAGAAGAGCUCGCGAAAAGGUUCACAAUCAAGGAUCUUGGUAACGCGAGAUAUUGUCUCGGCAUCGAGAUAGAUCGAGACAGAAAGGGAAUUCAUCUCUCUCAGAGCGGAUACAUUCGCGACGUUUUGAAGAAAUUUGGAAUGUCUGACUGCAAACCAGUGCGUACCCCUUUCGAAACUGGUAUCAAGCUACACGAUAAUAACGAUCUCGAUGCUGACAACGCACAAGUUUCAUACAGGGAACUCAUAGGUUCAUUAAUGUACCUGGCACAAGGAACUCGACCUGACAUCGCUCACGCUGUAAGUUCGUUGAGUCAAUGGAACACAUCGUUCAAGAAAAUUCAUUGGACGUGUGCCAAGAGGGUCCUCAGAUACCUUAAAGGUACGAUCAAUCACGGAUUACAUUAUACAAAAUCUGGCAAAAAUCUCAUCGGAUACACGGAUGCAGACUGGGGAAGUUGCAGUCUGGAUCGCAGAUCAUACACUGGUUCAGUUUUUCUGCUAGCGAACGCCGCCAUAUCGUGGGAAUCACGGAAACAAAAAACCGUAGCUCUGUCGUCAACCGAGGCUGAGUAUGCUGCACUCAGCGAUGCCGCAAGAGAAGCCAUUCAUCUAUCGAGACUUCUAUCGGAAAUCGACUCGCCAACGCUGUCGAAAAUAACGCUCCACAACGAUAAUCAAGCCGCAGCUAAGCUGGCAGUUAAUCCUGUUUUUCAUUCUCGCUCGAAACAUAUUGAUAUCAAGUGUCAUUUUAUUAGACAAGCCCUGGUGGAUCAUCGCAUGGACCUCGUCUACACGUGCACGGAAGACAUGAUCGCCGACGUGUUAACAAAGGCCCUAUCUAGCGAAAAACAUGCGUUUUGUUUCAAUGGGAUGGGGAUUAAAGACAUUAAUGUUACUCGCGUUUAA